AUGACCUCUCUUCCAGCUUCCAAAAGCGGCAGUGGCAGUGGCAGCGGCAGCGGUAGCCGUAACGUUAGUGGUUCCCACGGCGGCAAACAUCUCUUAGUCAACAACACAUCCAAAAACAACAACAAUGACCAUGGCCUGCAACCACUGCGUGGCCUGGGACAAUCCGACCCGCCCAUCUCACCAGCUGUGACCACUGGCACAGCCUCUUCCGGAAACUUUACCGACAUGCACAUGCGGCAGCUGAUCAGACCGAAGAAGUUCCGAACGCUCUCGAACGCCUCGAGCAUCCUCAGCGACAUCUUCAACCACCCGGACGCCAAUGAGGACGAGCUAAAAAACAAGAUCAAGGAGGCAAACGACCGGGAUCGUGAAGCCCUUUACAACAUGAAUGAGUCUCUUCGGAGCACUCCGCCGCCCCUUCCUCCUGUACCAACGCAAAGCGGCCAAGACGACGCCAACGAAGAGAAGAAACAUUGCAGUGGUGGGCUUUGGGGGUUGUUCAAGAGGAAGUCCUUCAAAGCAGCAAAGAAACGGGUCAAGUCGGCUCCGCCCAAGAUAGUGGUUCCGGACCCUCCAGCCGCAGGCAGAACUACUACAACCACUCAUACUACGGAUGACGGUCAUCGGCAAACUGUUAUUUCCAUUCCUGUCCAUCGCACGGUCAACCUCGGCCCAGUCCCCAGGUCGCCUGGUUUUGGCCUGUCACCCAAAUCUCCCAUUACCGGAACUCCCAUCAGACCGCCGAGGCCCAGCAUCGGUCUAGAGACUCUGUUGGAACACCAGGAGACAAACGAGCGACAUAGCCAGGUCCCGACCAGCGCACCCGUGAUACCUCCCAUUAACGACGGGCUGGAUAUCUCGCCUCUCCUUCCUACGGGGGACUUCAACUGCCUGCAGCGCGUUUCCGGAUUCACGGUCCCGCCGGCCGAAUCACCGCCGGAGCUUCCUCAGGCCCAAAACGCCUUCUUUGUUGCCGAUGAUAGGCUUGAUAGUUCAAGUCCGUCCAAGAUAACAUCCUGUCAAGAUCAUACCCUUCCAGAGUUUGUCUCGCCGGCCAGUCCUCUUCACCUGAGCGUCUGCCUGUCCACAGCCCAGUCAAGUCGUGAUCGCCGGUCGAACAUGAGCUUCGGAUAUAAACUCCCAGACAUAGACCAUACUGUGCAGCCUCAGGAGCACGAAGGAGAAGUUGACGGUGGUGAGACUUUGGCAGAGGUCUCCGAGCCAUCGUCGUCAAACAGCUCUCAUCGCAAGCUAAUGACCGCUUCGGGGAGAGACCGGUCCGGAUCAGCAGAUGUAAGCUCACUGUCAUCGGUGGCUAGUUCUUCUAACCAACAACGCCCGGCGUUAGCAGACAGCACACAGUUGAGACGGCAACGAAGUCUCUACUCUAAUUCCAGCUUUAACAAAAGCAAAAGAAGGGAGCUUGAGCGAAGUGAUUCUCUCGGUGGUGAGAGUGUCAAGACGAAUGGGAACCAGUCGACAGCUUUCCAUACUCCGCCGGAUUUGCCCUCGGGGUAUGCGACGGAGCCUGAUGCAAAGGCGUUGAGCUCGGCACUUGAGAAGGUCCAGGCAGUGCAACUGCCGCCGCUACGCUUCACGUCGGUGAUGACUGUAGCUGAUCUUAAGCCUUUGUCGUGUAAGAGCAGCAGCAAUCCGAGGCCUUCACAGCCAGAGGAGACCAAGAGACAGAAUGACAAGCCAGAACAGGCAUCAGAUGUUGCCCUGAGAAAUAGGAGCAGUGGUAGCUCAUCCGAGCUUCUGUCUGGAGUUUCGGCAUCAACCGAUUCCUUCCAAACAUCCACUUCCAUUGCCAACUCGUCCACUCCACAAGCGACUCCCCUCUCCGCUCCUUCCAAUAUUAUUCCCAAACCCCUCCAACUAAGAAGAACCAACGGAAUCAUCUGUCCGCCUUUACGGAUUGCCUCGUCAUCUUCCUCCCCCGACAACAGCAAUCGCUUCAGCAGAAACGGCAUCCACCGCUCCGGCUCCCACACCGAUCUCCUGCAACAAUGCGAAGAAUUCCGCCACUCCAAAGAAAAGGAACUCGACAGCCUUCGCGACCGACUUCGUCAGCUCGAGAACAGAAACAGUUGGUUGCUGACCGCCGUGACGAAGCAGCUUCCUAACGGAUAUUAUCCACCGCAAGCGUAUCGAGACGAUGCCGAUGAUGAGGACUUCAAUGCUUCGGAUGAGGAGAGGGGCCGCCGACCACACUCGCGCAGCACCGUCUCCAGUAGCCCAAUCCUCUCCGGUUUCCGAAUGCCAAUUGUUUCCCCGCUUGACCAGAACUUUAACGGGAACAGGAACGGAAACAACGAUGACGACGGCGACAACGACAACGGCGUACUUACCCCGCGAGGAAUGCGUUUCCAUCUUACAAGUACAGACCUCGACAUGAACAACACACCCAACUACAACAAAAAGCACCAACACGACACCACCAAGGGCGGCGGCAGCAGCAGCAGAGCCUCCGCCAGCGAUCGCUGGUCAAUGACAUCUCAGCACACCUUCGGCAGCACCACUGUCGACGACAGCGUAAUUGGCACUCGCAGCGGCACCGGCACCGGGUUCAGCAGUAGUAACUUGACCACGGGAUCUCGACUUACACCGCCCGCGCAGCACAACCAGCAUCCUCGGUACAACCCGAGUCCUAUUGCUAGUCGUUAUUCCAUCGGUGGAAGCGGCAGUGGCAGUGGUAACAGCAGCAGUGCCUCUCUGUCCGCUGUUCGAAGACCGACACCGACACCGAUUCCGGUCUCGAGGCCGAUACCGCAAGCGAAGCCGACGCUGGUUACCCGACCGUUUAAAACUGGCAGUACGCCUGCUAUUCCGGUGUUGUCGAGUGGUCGUGGUCAGUCAUUCGCUUCGACGGCGACGGAAACAAGUUACGAUGGUGCACAUACCGCUCGCGACGCAUCGACAAGCAGACAUCUUGCCAUUGGAACACGUCCAGUCCUCCCUGCCGCUCGCCGCGAACAAAGUCUCCCCCGCGAUCCUCGACUUGCUUCGUUUUCUUCCCGAUCUCGGUCGAGAGAUGGCUACAAGCUGCAUAUGCGCCACAGAAACCGAAGUCAUGAUGAUCAUAUCAACGGGUUUGCCGAGUCUGGUCCGAACAACGGCGCUGAUGACAGCAAGGAUAAGACGAAUGGUGUCAACAACAGCAGCGGCAGUGGAAGCAGAAACACAAGCACCACCCGAUCCCCUGCCCCUCUCCCUCCCUCCCUUACCUAUAAGGGUCUUUCCAACACCGCAGCACAAAGAAGGGAGGAGAGAGAAUACAGAAAGAAGCAAGAGGAGAUUAUGCGGGAACUAGCUGGUGGAUCUCACGGUCAGCAACCGAACGUUCUACGCUCCUCCUCUUCGUCGGCUUCUCUAGGGGCGUUGAAGCAACAAGGAGAGCCAUCCGCUGCUUCCGCUUGUAAUUUAGCUAGGUCAACAGCUUUGUAUAACGGGUAUGCAUCUGGUUCUGGCUCUGGGUUUGAGAGUGAUACGGGGUGUGGAUACGGAAACAAUGGAUAUGGACACCAAGACGGACGCGAUCCUUUGACCAGACUGCGAGAUCUGAGGGAAACUGUGGGUAGGGCUAUUAGCGGGAUUGGAAUUGGGCUGGCGGUUACCACCAGUGAUGAUGAAGGGUGUGUCUACGAUGGGUACAGUUCAGGGGAAGAUUACCAACAGUACCAUCAGGAGGAUGGUCAUGCUGGUUACGGGUAUGGAAACGAUAGCUAUGAUGGUUACGGCGUGUAUGAUGGCGAUGGUUAUGGAUCGUCAGCUUCUGCUGGUCAUGAACCUGGACAGGAAGGAGAAGGAAGAGAGCAAGAAGAAGGGGGAUACAUUCUUUCCAGCUCCUCCCACCUCCCCAGGUACCAGAACCGGAAUCAACAACACCAACGCAACGACUCCCCGCUACCUUUCUCCAUGCCUUCAUGGCCAUCAUUGCCCUCGCUUCCCUCAUUGCCCUCAUUGGCUGGGCCAAGUCACUCCAGCUUGGAGACGGAAGAAUGGUUCCCUUCUCUUUACCGAACCCAUACGCAACAGACACAGCCAUCGACGGAGAACAAGAGUCACGAUACUCCCAGCAACGAUCAAGCAACGGCUAACAGCAACGACAAACUAAGUAACUCAACAAACAGACGAACUAUCAGGAGGAAAACUACAAUCGCUGCAAUGAACGGUAACAGACCCAGCACGAGCACCAAUACGAACGGAGACGGAAAGGGAAACGAAUGGGAAACACUCGAGCCAUUGAUGCGCGAACUAAUCGGCAACAAACUCGACUCGAACGGAGCCAGUGCAAGUGGUGUAAACGGAACAAGUGAUAUUGAUGACCAGCAAACAAUCAACUACAACGGGAAACCCACGCCACUAUUGGUGGAUAAAGUAUUUGGAUUUGCUCCGAUGCACGAGAAGGAUCUGGAGGAGGAGGCGCUGGACGAUUCGGUUAAUCUUUUGCAGUGA